AUGGACAAAUGGUAUGAGUCUUUCGAGGGAAUACUAGCUAUCCACCAGGACAAGUUUGUUACUGCUUCGGCACCAACACGUCAAAGUAUUUUGAAGACAAUACGCGAUCAGAUUGUCACAAAACAUAAGUCACUGGAGGAUCCUGCUGCCUUGCCGAAGCCUUUAAGAAAGGCCAUUAGGCGCUACUAUCUCCAGUUCUUAACCGAUGAGGAUGAUAUUCAAGCUGAAGGAGAGUUCCUGGAAGAUGAACAGGACAAUGAAGCACUUGGUGUAUCCCCUGAGGAGAGGGAGAUGGCAGCUCGUCCAAAGGAUGCCGCAUUUUACAAGAAGGAAAUUACUGACUGGGAUGUCGCACAGAAGUUGUUCAAGCAGGAAAUUGAUGACUAUGACAAGGAGGAGCAAUCAAAGUUGGGGGGAAAACAUUUGAUUAAAUUCUGUACAGGACACGCGAGGGACUGGUUUAACAAUAUGACUCCUGCGCAACGUGAGGAGGUAGAGGACACGAAGGAAAAGUGGAAUAGGGAAGGCGCACCAGCAGAAGCGCAGGCAAUGUAA